UAAUUAAGUAAGGCAAAAAGUAAAGAGACUCUAUUUAAAGUUGUAAACUGCAAAUCACAGAAAUGGCAAGUGUUGCAAAAAUAAUUUGCCACAAUUCAUCAAAUCAACAUUGUCAUUUGUCAACAAAUUCUACCCAAAUGUCCAACCUGACCUAAAUUAGUCCGGUCUAUCUGACACAAACCAGUCGGAUAUUGGGAUAUUGUUAAGAACAAUGAUCAAAAAACCAUGGAGAUGUGAAAAUAUAAAACUCUAAUAUUAAAAGUUUCAUAAAGACAUAAUUAACAUAUAAGCGAGUUGGUACAAUUUACUUAACAGUUACCUUUUUUUUUUUUGGAGUUUUUAAGGUUUAAAAUAGGUUUGGGCGUUCGGAUUUUUGGGUCAGGUUGGGGUUGGUUUCUUUUGGGUCCGAAUCAUUCGGGUCCUAUAAAUUUGGACUCAACUAGAUACUUGAAAUUUUUGGGUUUGGAUUCGGGUCGGUUCCUCUUCGGGUUUGGGUCGGUUCAAAUCUAUAAUUAAAAUAUUUGUAGUUUUUGGGUUCAUAACGGAUCUGGCUCAAGUUCGGGUAUUUACAAUACGAAAUGAUCUGAAAUACUCAAAUUACAUCAUAAUUUAGCCAAAAUCCCUCGUACAAUUUUACAAAAUAAACAAAUAAUAUUGAAACUAAACAUUUUUAAACUCUAAAUUUGAUAUUAAAAUUUCAUAUUACUUGAACUUGUUAUAAAAUAAUGAUAAAGAUUAUUGGCAAAAAGAAAUUUCAACUAAAUCACAAACUAAAAUAUAGAAAUAGAACACAUGAAGUCAUAAUUUUGGAUAUUUAUGUUGAAUCGAUUCUUAUUGGGUUGGGUCUAUUCGGAUCAGUCCGAAUCUAUUCGAGUCGGUUCUUUUCGGUUCCGGUUCUUCCGAAUAGAGAACUUUUGGAUUCAAGUAUGUACUUAUAAAUUUUUGAUUCGGUUUUUGAUUGGGUAUUUUCUGGUCGAUUCUGAUUUGGAUGUUUGGAGUCUAGGUAAAACGUCCAGGCCUAGUUUCAAGUUACAGUGGGAUUGUGACGGGUUUACUAUUUCCAGUUUAUCAAAUAUGGGCUAACUGGGCAUCAGGAGUGUUUGUGGGGUGGGAUGAUUAAUUGGACUAAAAUUUUCAGAUUUCUAUCUUUGAUUCAUGGGCUAUUUUCUGUUGGGUUUCAAGUUUCUUUCUUGUUGAAAUCUAAGGCUGGUGACAACAACACCUUUGUUUCAUUUAAAUAUAUGCAAUGAAAAGUUAUUAUUAGUAUACAUAGAGGUUUCAAACUUCAAAUUGUGGAAAGUUAGGUUAGGAUCUAGAUUGAUACUAACUAAAGCAUCUCUAUAAAUUUAUAAAUUAACCACAAAACUUAUAAAAUCAGCACCUAGCAAACAUAUACACAUGAUAACAGGACAGCUGGUUUGAAUCUGAAGUCAUAAUCAUGUAUACUCCAAUAGUAAUAGACAAAGAAAUAUUGUAUUUAUUUGAAUUGUAAAUGAAUAAACUUCUGUUUUUGCAGGAUACAUUAAUCUCGCGUUAUAUUAUAAUGAGCCCUAUGUAAUAUGAAAGGUCCAUCGCAAGAAAAGUGAAGUUUUCUUUCAUCAUCAAUGGCUACGAUAACGGUAACCAAGAUCUCCCGAGUCAACCCAGCAACAAACUCUUCUCAUGACACAACCAACUCGCUGGUUCUCCCACUCACCUUCUUCGACUUAAGGUGGGUGAAGUUCCAUCCCACCGAGAGAGUCAUCUUCUACAAACUCGAUAAAGACAACUCAUCUCGCGAGUCUUUCCACUCUCUAAUCCUCCCCAAGCUCGAGCUCUCUCUCUCCGCCGUCCUCCGUCACUACCUCCCGCUCGCAGGUCGCCUCAGGUGGGAUCCACAAGAUACUAAGCCACACAUCCUCGUCCUCCCAAACGACUCUGUCAAGCUGAUAGUUGCGGAGAGCGACGCUGACUUCUCCAUUAUCUCCGGGAAAGGGCUACGUCCCGAGACGGAGAUACGUUCUUUGGUCCCCGAGUUUCCGGUGGCUUGUGACUCGCCCUCCGUUCUUGCUCUGCAAGUUACGUUGUUCCCGAACCAAGGGUUUUGCAUCGGCGUAGCAGCUCAUCAUUCUGUUAUGGACGGUAAAACAGUGGUUAGGUUCAUCAAAUCAUGGGCUCACUUAUGUAACCACGAAACCAUGUCUUUACCAGAGAACUUAACUCCGUUUCUAGAUCGUACCGUCAUCAACGUUCCCGCUAGUCUCGACGCCAAAAUCUUGGAGAUCUUGUUGUAUUUCUCAGAGGAGAAAGAGGACGUGAGAUCACUGAAGCUGCCUCCCAUGGAGAAGAUCAGCCCCGAGGUAGUGAGGAUCACGCUAGAGUUGACUCCGGAGAACAUCGAGAAACUUAGAGAGCGAGCCAAGAAAGAGUCAACUCGCUCCCAGCUUCACUUGUCAACGUUUGUUGUCGCCAACGCUUAUCUAUGGACAUGCCUAGUGAAGACGCGUGGUGGCGAGGUGGAUAGACCGGUGCGUUUCAUGUAUGCAGCUGAUUUCAGGAACCGGCUGGAUCAGCCGGUUCCUGAAACUUACUUUGGGAACUGCGUGUUCCCGUUGGGCUGCUAUGGAUACAAAGCGGGGGUUUUUAUGGGAGAAGAUGGGUUUGUGAACAGCGUCGAGAUUAUAAGUGAUUCGGUUAAAGGUAUUGCGUCAAAUAAUAUUGAAGCACUUUGUGAGUUGUACGUAGAUGGGACGAAGAGAGUGAAACCGGGUACGCAGUCUGGGUCUGUUGCCGGGUCGAACCGGUUUGGGCUAUACACGGCGGAUUUUGGGUGGGGAAAACCGGUUAAUAGCGAGAUUGUGUCUAUCGACCGGAACGAGGCGUUUUCAAUGUCUGAGAGGAGGGAUGGGCCAGGUGGUGUGGAAAUUGGUCUGUGUUUGAAGAAAUGUGAAAUGGAUUUGUUUAUUUCUCUUUUUAAAAAUGGUUUGGAUAAUUAAAACACUUUUAUUUAUAAUGACAUGGAGAUUGGUCUGUGAAGACAUGUGAAAUGGAUUUGUUUAUCUUUCUAUUUCGACCAUAAUAAUUUUCAUAAUGGCUUUCAGUA